AUGAGACCAAGUAUGCCCCCCUCCCCUUCCCCGCCGAAUGCCCAACCUUCGCCUCUUCCCCCCUCUCGGACUCUCUCCCUUUCCUGCUGCUCCCUCUCUGUGACUGAAAGCAUGUUGUUCAGUCGGCAUGGAUUUCGAUGCUGGCUGGGAGCCUCUUCGGCUUUGUCAGCCAAGCCCCGGGCUUUGCGGCCCAUUUCCUCCCUGACAAGGCCCUGUCCGCUAACAUCGACAGGCCUGCCUGCGAGUUUGCGUUCGCAGACCCACUUGCCGGGAGUCCAAUUGUGCCUGGCCGUGGAGCAGGGCAAGAGCAAGCUGCCUGAGGGCAUCAACCGGCCGGCCUCGUUGGGGCUUUUGCUUCGGAUACUUGGGCUAAAGAAUCAGGGCCUGCCAUCGGAGCAAGCAGUCGGCCGUCUGAUUGGCCGGGAUAAGCAGACAGCCUCGCGGUUGAUGGUCCAAUAUCUGGAACGCCACAGCAUCUCGCCACCUUCGAAAUUCCGACCCGUCGAGGAGCUUGAGGAGGACAUCGUUUGGCUGGCUGGCUUGGACCCGCCGCCUUCGAAGGCCAUGCUGAGCAAGCUGGUGAAUGUCACCCCCUCGGUGAUGAUGACGUUGCUGGACAAGAAGAUGCCGAACGCCGACCUGAGCUUCCGGCCCUGUCUCUGGCGACUGGAUGAGCUGUGCACCGGCCUCGUAAGGCCAUCGAAUACCGACAUGGCCCGGGAACUAUCGGUGUCAGCCAACUCCAUCUCGCUGGCCAUGAGCAAAUAUGGAUCCGGCAUGAAGGCCCCUUCGGCACGCGUGUCGGAGCACCAGAUUGAGCAGAUUAAGGCGGCCUUUUCCUCGGAAGAGCCCCCCUCCGUCAGGGAUUUGGCCAUGAGUCUUGGCUUAUCCAAAAUGACCCUCUAUCGGGAGUGCAAGAAGCUGAAUCUGCCAACCAGGGGACGGCUGCCGCCUCGCUCGCUUCUCGAAACUCUGGGCCGCUUGCACUUCGAGCAGGGCAUCUCGAAGAAGGACGUUGCAUUGCAGAUGGAGUUACCCCAGUCCACGGUCAAUCGCUAUUUCCGGCUAUACUUCACUCCAGACGGGCAGAUCAUCGAAUCGGUAGCGGAGCCGCCGCCGACAGGCAAAGCCCAGCAAUAG